AUGUCAAGUGAAUCAGAUUUGAUUACGGUCCCUAUCCUUGGCAAGGAGACCGUAAAGGUUGGUUUCGGUUUAGACGAAUAUAUCGCUACUGAAAUUUUGAAGGAAUUCGAAUCCUCAACGUAUGUUGUAAUUACAGAUUCUAACAUUGCACCUCAUUAUUUGGAACCUUUUGAGCAUAUCUUUAGAAAUGCUAUUCAAAAGAGUGGAGCUCAGUCGAGAUUUUUGAGCUAUGUUAUUCCACCUGGAGAAUCAUCCAAGUGUCGGGCGACGAAAGCAGAGAUCGAGGAUUGGAUGCUUUCUCAAUCUUGCACUAGAGACACUCUAUUGAUUGCCAUGGGUGGUGGUGUUAUUGGGGAUUUAGUUGGUUAUGUUGCUGCCACUUUUAUGCGUGGUAUUCGUUUCGUUCAAAUGCCUACAACUUUGCUUGCGAUGGUAGAUUCUUCCAUUGGCGGUAAAACUGGUAUUGAUGCCCCUCUUGGAAAGAAUUUAAUUGGCGCUUUUUGGCAGCCCUUGAGAGUUUAUGUGGAUUUACUUGUUUUGCAUACAUUGUCUCCUCGUCAAAUUAUCAAUGGUUUAGCAGAAAUAAUUAAAACUGCUGCUAUGUGGAAUGAAAAGGAUUUCCAAUUACUGGAAAACAACUCUGCUCUCCUCAUCGAAGAAAUCCACAAGCCAGCUGUUUCCGGAGAGUACAAAUUCUCCAAGAUUAAAGAUUUGCUUCAAAAGAUUAUUCUUUCUUCAAUCCGUACAAAGUGUGAAGUUGUAACUCUUGAUGAACGUGAGGGUGGUCUUCGUAACUUGCUUAAUUUCGGCCAUAGUAUUGGACAUGCAUAUGAAGCCAUUUUGUACCCCCAAAUUCUUCAUGGUGAAUGUGUCGCAAUCGGCAUGAUGAAAGAGGUUGAACUUGCAAGACACUUGGGUAUAUUAAAACCUAAUGCUGUUGGAAGAUUGGCUAAGUGUCUUGUGUCCUACAACUUACCUGUUAGCGUCAAUGAUCCUAAAAUAAAGAAAUAUGCAGGCUUCAAGACUUGUCCUGUUGAAAAUCUCAUAUUGACCAUGGCCGUCGAUAAAAAGAAUCAAGGAUCCAAAAAGCGUGUUGUAAUCUUAAAGGCUAUCGGAGAGACUUACGAAAAACAUGCCACUGUAGUUUCCGAUGAUGAAAUUCGAUUUGUACUUUCUUCUGAUGUUAAGGUCGACACUUUUACCGAACAUUCUCUAGAGGUUGUGAUUACUCCACCUGGCUCCAAAUCUAUUUCUAAUCGUGCUCUUGUAUUGGCUGCUUUAUCACAAGGUACAUGUCGUCUUACCAAUAUGCUGCACUCUGAUGAUACCCAGUUUAUGAUGUCUGCCUUAGAAUCCCUUGGAGCAGCUAAGUUUUCAUGGGAAGAUAAUGGAGAAACUCUUGUUGUAGACGGUAGUGGCGGUAAAAUGAGUGCCCCUAAAGAGGCUCUUUAUUUAGGUAAUGCUGGAACUGCUGCUCGCUUCUUGACAGGUGUCUCUGCACUAGUUCCAACUAGCGACAAGGAACAUGGUGUUGUUCUUACAGGUAAUCAUAGAAUGAAGGUCCGUCCAAUAGGUCCUUUGGUGGAUGCCUUACGAAACAACGGUUGUACAGUUGAAUAUCUCGAAAAAGAAGGUUCUUUGCCUCUUUCUACAUCUUCUGUAGCUGGUUUAAAGGGUGGUGUCAUUGAACUUGCUGCCACAGUCUCCUCUCAGUAUGUUUCUUCCAUUCUUAUGUGUGCUCCCUAUGCAUCCGAACCUGUUACGCUUAAGUUAGUUGGUGGUAAACCAAUAUCACAACUUUAUAUUGAUAUGACUAUUGCCAUGAUGGCUUCUUUUGGCAUCGUUGUCGAAAAAUCAUCAACAGAAGAAAACACUUACCAUAUUCCCCAUGCGAAGUACCAGAGUCCUUCUAAGUACGAAAUCGAGAGUGAUGCCAGCUCUGCUACUUAUCCUUUAGCAAUUGCUGCUAUUACUGGAACUAAGUGUACUGUUCCUAAUAUUGGAAGUGCCUCGCUGCAAGGUGAUUCCCGUUUCGCUAGGGAUGUACUUAAGCCUAUGGGUUGCUUGGUUGAGCAAACCGCAAAUAGCACGACAGUCCAAGGUCCUCCCAAGGGUCAACUGAAGCCGCUCGAGUAUGUUGACAUGGAAACCAUGACCGAUGCCUUCUUAACCGCUUCUGUGGUCGCUGCAGUAGCUACCAAUGCCGAGGGUGACCCUGUCACUCGUAUUACUGGUAUUGCCAACCAAAGAGUUAAAGAAUGCAAUCGUAUUGCUGCUAUGGUUCAUGAAUUGGCAAAAUUUGGUGUUCGUGCUGGUGAACUAGAAGAUGGUAUUUACAUCUUUGGUCAAGACUACAAGCUAUUAAAAUCUCCUGAAGAGGGUGUCUAUACUUAUGACGACCAUCGAGUUGCUAUGGCGUUUAGCUUAUUAGCUCUCCUUACACCUUCGCCUACUGUUGUUAUUGAUAAAGCCUGUGUUGAGAAAACCUGGCCUUCUUGGUGGGACGUUCUGAAAAAUUCCUUUAAGGCUUCAAUGUACGGUUCUACCAUUGAUCACGAUGAGCAACAAAAUCCUUUAAGUAAAAACGCUUCCAUUAUAUUGAUUGGUAUGCGUGGAGCUGGCAAAACGACAAUUGGCAAGAUCAUUUCGAAACAGCUCAAUAUGAAGUUUAUCGACUUGGAUGAAUGGUUAGAAGAUCGUUUGGCUAUGCCCAUUCCUCAGGUCAUAUUCAAAUUGGGUUGGGAUGCUUUUCGUGUUGAAGAACACAAAUUACUUCGUGAAUUCAUUCAUGAACGUCCAUAUGGCUUUGUUGCUGCUAGUGGAGGUGGUGUAAUUGAGAUGAACGACUCGCGCAUGUUACUUGAAAAUUAUGUUAAGAAUGGAGGCAUUGUUUUACAUGUUCACAGAAACCUUGAUCACAUAGUUUCUUACCUUUCGAAGGAUACUAGCCGACCUGCUUACAAAGAUCAAGAAAACAUUCUGAGUGUGUAUGCUCGACGCCAUGAAUGGUAUCGCCAAUGCCGCUCACACUAUUUUAUCAGCCCCGUUUUGGACGAGACGGUUGUAGAGGAAAAGAUUGAAUAUUCGAUGUCUAGAUUUUUGGAAGUUAUUACAGGUAAAGCUCAAUCCUUGCAAAAGCUUAAGGAGAAGAAGCGGUCCGCAUUUUUGACUUUGAACUUCCCUGAUAUCGAACAAGCUCUUCCCUUAUUAAAUGAUGUGACUUUGGGAUGUGACGCCAUUGAAAUUCGCGUUGAUCACUUGAAGGAUCCUAAAGCUAAGGAUGGAGUUCCAACUUUGGACUUUGUGGCAGAGCAGGUUGCUUUGCUCCGAUGCCACACCCAUUUGCCCAUCAUCUUUACUGUUCGCACAAAGAAACAGGGUGGCUUAUUUCCUGACGAUAAAGAGGAAGAAGCUCUUGAAUUAGUCUUAUCUGCUAUUCGUUACGGUAUUAACUAUGUUGAUGUCGAAUUAGGUUGGAGUAUCGAAAGUAUAACCAAAAUAUAUGAACACAAGAGAAACACCAAGUUACUUAUGUCUUGGCAUGAUCUUUCUGGUAGUUGGUCUUGGGCUAGUCCUCAAGAAUGGAUGCAAAUGAUCGACUUGGCAUCUUCCUUUGCGGAUGUUAUUAAGCUUGUGGGUACUGCCAAGGACUUUAAGGACAAUUUAGAACUUGAGAACUUCCGUAACUCAGUAACCAGCACGAUGAAGAUUCCCUUAAUUGCUAUUAAUAUGGGAAGCAAGGGACAACUUUCUAGAGUGUUUAACAAGUUUUUAACACCUGUAACACAUCCUGAUUUGCCCUCAAAAGCUGCUCCUGGCCAGUUGAGUGUAAAGCAGUUGAAUGAGGCUUUGGCUUUAAUUGGUGAGAUUGUUCCCAAGAAUUUCUAUGUCUUUGGCAAGCCAGUUUCGCAUUCACGUUCACCAAUUCUUCACAACACUGCAUACAGAUUGUUGGGUCUGCCUCAUUCUUACGAAGCUUACGAAACCAACUCCGUUGAGGAAGUGGAAGGUAUACUCCGUAGCCCUGAUUUCGGGGGUGCAAAUGUUACUAUUCCUUACAAGUUGCCUAUUAUGCAAUAUAUGGAUGAUUUGAGUCAUGAAGCAAGAUUCUUUGGAGCUGUAAACACAGUUAUUCCUUCCAUGAAGGAAGGGAAGUUGCAUCUUCGGGGAGACAAUACCGAUUGGCGCGGUAUCUAUGAUACCUUUACUGCUGCUUUAGACGGAAUGUCUUUGGCAGGAUCCAGUGCUUUAGUAAUUGGUGCAGGUGGCACAAGUCGGGCUGCUAUUUAUACAUUGCAUCGUUUGGGCGUUUCGGAAAUUUACCUAGUGAAUCGCACAUUAGCUAAUUCACGUACGGUUGAAAACGUAUUUCCACCCGAGUACAAUAUCAGGGUGUUGGAUGCCGAUAAGGUAACUCCUGAAGAAUUGAAUGGUGUUUCGAUUGCUUCAGCCAUUUCUACGGUUCCUGCAGACAAGGCCCUCCCUGAAGGAGUGGAUCGUUUGGUGAGGGCUUUGAUCGCCAGUGGCGAUAGACAAUCUAUAUUUUUGGAUAUGGCUUACAAGCCAUUGCAUACUCCUUUGAUGGGUGUUGCUUCUGAGCACGGAUGGCGUUGUUCCAGCGGUUUAGAGGUAUUGGUGCGUCAAGGACUCGCUUCUUUCCAAAUGUGGACUGGCAUGAAUCCUCCUUUUGCUCCGGUAUAUAAAAAGGUGAUUGAGUAA